AUGGAUGCUGUAACCCAGCAUCUGGCCAGUGGUUCUAGCACUGACAAUACGCAGUCCUUGGCAGUUUCAGCCUCCACUCAGCUAACUACCAGUUCCGCGACCCCAGGUUUAGGUCCUCCCGCCACUUUGCUCGAGGUCCCCGCUGGGGCCGCACACAGUACAACACUCCAAGCUCAAGUUGCUGGCCCAGCUACCACAGCUCCACCAGCAUCAGGUCCAUCGACUUCAUCCUCAUUUGCUGAAGCUGUUGUGAACACUUUCCUGGCCAUGGCACAGGCUAGCAUUGCAGGUAUACCCAGCACUCCCGAGUGUUUGUUAACCUCGCCAAGUUUGCCAGUUGAUGCUAGAGUAUCAGAAAAGAUACGGGGGAAGAUUUGGAACAGUGAAUAUUUCGAUUUUAGCUCAUUACUAACCCAGUAGCGGAAGACCGUUAUCAGUUCACGGUUAAGGGUGUAGAGGGCAACUCGGCAGCACCAGCCAUAUGCCUUGAGCCGUGGCCAAAUCCAAAAAAGGCUUAACACUAGAUACAUGGUUUAACUGCUUUCAUAUUUCCGUGGGCACCUAUUGCCAAAAGUACCCCACUGAGGCCCCAUUCUUAACAUUUGAUGUUUGCUUUACAUAAUCCAGACGUGGUGGAUCUUAAAAUAGAGAAGUUUUAGCCAGCCAUCUGUCGGGCCCGUUUGAGAUGCCUUCUUUAUCUCCAUUCAGGGUGUCACCACCAGGUUUCAUCCCAAAGAAGACACCGAGUGAGUUUAGACUCAUACACCACUUGCCUUAUCCUAAGGGUUCCUCAAGCAAUGAUGGUAUUUCUCCCGAAUUUCUAGUGUCCGCUAUUCAACUAUCGCAGGUGCCAUUAGGCAUAUCAGAGCAGUUGGCACAGGGUGCUUUUUGAGUAAAACAGACAUCAAAAAUGCCUUCAGAAUUAUUCCGGUUCAUUCUACUGAUUAUAAUUUGCUGGGUAUGAAAUGGUGUGAUCAAUAAAUGCAUGCCCAUGGGCUGUUCCAGUACGUGUCACACUUUUGAGUUAUUCAGCUCUGCUUUGGAAUGUAUCGCCCAGAUCAAGUUGCACAUCAAUCAUAUUAUUCACCUUAUUGAUGAUUUAUUGAUAAUUGCUGCUUCUCAUGACAUAUGCCAGCGACAGCUUAAUCUAUUUGUAGAUCUGUGUGGUCACCUUGGCAUUCCCAUAGCACCAGAAAAAACUUGUGGUCCAGCCACUACUUUGUCAUUUGCAGGAAUCCCAUUAGACACCAUUCAGUUAGAAGCUCGCUUGCCUGCGGAAAACAUUUUGAAGUACAAAGACCUAAUUUCUGACUUCCUUAAGAGAAAAAAGGUG